AUGAUUUGUUUGUGGGUGGAAUACUGCCAGGUUGCUCAGGCCAAGGCAGUUGAGGCACAGCAUCAUCGUCAGAAGCAAAUAAUCGUAAUUCGGCGCGAACUGGCCGCGGCCUAUGCACAAUUCAUUCUCUUGGAGCGUCAAAUUUACGCAGCUAAGCACCGAAUUAUGUAUCGUCCCGUGGAUCCAACUAAAGAGGCAAUUCAUGAUCAGAAUCUUUUUGAGACAACCUACUGGUUCCUGGUAUUCGGUGUCUGGAUCACAUUCGGCAGAAAUUAUUUCAAAGACAUUUGUAUUGAAGUCGGAAAAUCGGAUAUGUUCAACUCAUUGGGUCGAAUGGGUGCGGCACGGUUCAGUCAAAAUCCAAAUGAUAGACAAUCGAUGAAAGAACUAUACAAAACCCACCUUUCUCGAGGAGUAAUGAUGAAUCAGAGAUCUCCCGCUUUGCGUCUGCUUAUCCCGGAACCAAGAGAUCGCGUAGCUGCGUUGUUUCAAAACAUAGCAACAAAGACCGAGUGUACAAGUGAACAGGAGCGACGAGAUUCCAUCCUGCAGAGAAAUCAGCGCUACGGCAUACUAGGUGACGCAAGAUAUCUAUACGACGAUCAGCUCAUAGCGAAUUCGGCAGAUGGCAUCACUGAACAAGCCGGAAGUCCGACCCGGGAAGACAUAUGA